GAUCUCUCUGGCUUCCAGAUGGGGUUGCAGAGAGAAUCCAGGUGGCAUCCUUGGAGCAGGAACCUGUGGCAGUCAUGUUUCUUGUGGGAAUAUACUUGAGAAGAUGAACAUUUGCUCCAUGCCCUACUUUUUAUGCUUUGUACAAGACAGACUUGUGUCGAAGAAGAGCCUUGGUGUGUUUGUGAAGGACCUGCAUUUCGGCACAAUCCCUGUGAGGCUCUUUCAGCCCAAGGCAGCCUCCUCCAAGCCCCGGCGAGGCAUCAUCUUCUUUCAUGGAGGUGGUGCAGUGCUGGGCAACCUAGAUUCUUACCAUAACCUGUGCACCUUCCUGGCCCGAGAGUCAGACUCAGUGUUGCUGUCAGUGGGGUACCGAAAGCUUCCUUACCACACUCAUCCUCACCUUUUUUAUGAUUGUGUCAAUGCCUCCAUCCACUUCCUGAAGUCUCUGAAUGCCUAUGGGGUGGACCCCUCCAGGCUUGUCAUCUGUGGAGAGAGCAUUGGAGCUGCAGCUGCAGCUGCUGUCACCCAGACUUUGGUGGGCAGAGCAGACCUUCCCAAGAUCCGGGCUCAGGUCCUGGUUUACCCAGUCCUCCAGACAUUUUAUUUCCAGCUCCCAUCACAUCUGCAGAAUGCAAAUGUUCCAUUCCUCACUAAAGAUUUCAUGAUGACAUGUAUUUGUAAAUAUCUGAACAUUGAUCCCUCCUGGAAAGAAGCCAUGUUGACAGGUGCCUGUAUGCCCCCAAGUGCCUGGAGGAAGUAUGAGAAAUGGCUAAGCCCUGAUAACAUCCCUAAAAUGUUCAGGAGUGAAUACCAGCAACCCCAGUCACCUGCUCCUUUCAAUGAGGCCGCCUAUCUGGAAACCAAACAUACUAUGAAUGCAGAUAUUUCUCCCCUCCUAGCAGAUGACAAGAUCAUUGCUCAGGUUCCUGAGGCAUUCCUGGUGACCCUUCAGUGGGACAUCAUCCGUGAUGAUGGCUUGCUCUACAAGAAGCGCUUGGAAAACCAGGGUGUUCCUGUGACCUGGUACCAUGUAGCAGAUGGCUUUCAUGGGUGCUUCAUUUUAUUUGAUAAGAAGUUUUUCUCUUUCCCCUGUUCCUUGAGCAUUGUAAAUGCUAUAGUCAGUUAUAUAAAAGGCUUAUGAAUGACUGCAGCAUGAUGGGAGAACAAUUGCCUAGCAUGCACGAGACCCCACUCUGAGCCACAGCAGGGAAGGCAGGGAAGGAAGGUGAAAAAUACAAAUAAAGAAACAAGAGACAUCAGUCCUGGUACCUUGAAUGAGAAGGGCCAAGAAGGGUUUUGUCACACCUGAGGCUAGGGCUGAGUCUUAUUUUUUUUAACCCUUUCUUUUAUUCUUUUAAUGUAUAAAAGAGUGAAUUUUGUUACAUUUCACACAAGCAUAUUCUAGAACUUACUUUUAUUUGGUAUACAUACCAUGUCUUGUUCCCCACUCCAAAUCUCCUAAGUUGACCCCCAUAUCCCCUCCUAUUUUGAAGCCAUAUACAUAUGGUAUGUAUGGUGUGUGCAUGCGCGCACGUGUGUGUAUUUUUAUUAUGUAGACCUGACUGCCCUAUAAUUUGCUAUGUAGACCAGGCUGACCUCAAACUUACAGACUUCUUUCUGUCUCCCCUUCAGGUGUGUGUCAUUCAUUUCCUAAUGGUUCUGACCAGGGUGUGCUACAAUCUCAAUGUAAUUUUGAUUUGUACUUUCCUGACGACCAAAAAUGUUAAUUUGUUUUCAAAUACUUAUUGGACAUUUAUACUCUUAAAAUAAAGAUUGUUUAAUUCAUCUCA